GCCAAAAUGGAGGCCAAGUCAUGAAAAAGUCAUCGAAAAACUGUCUUUUUAUACAGAUUUAGAGCUGUUUGAGUGUGAUAUAUUCAUUAUUUAUAGCACGUGUGGAAAUGAAGAAUAAAAUCUAAGAAGAAGAAUGGAGUUACGUUGAUGCAAGUUGAUCCUUGCAUAAGUUACGGGGUCAGUAAUCUGCAAAGAAUCCAUCAUGGCGGCUUCUUCCACCGCCAGCCAGAUCAACAUCCCUGGCCACGAGACCGGCACAGUUGACGACUCAAUCACAACUCUGCGUCACAGCUGGACGCGUAAUCAUAAACUUCACGAUCGCGCCAACAGCGACACAAAUCUGGCUGAGAUUGAACAAGACCAGCAGUCGAGUCUGUCCGUUAAUAAGUCCAACUACAUCUUAAGGAGCCAUGAUGGAAAUGUAACAAUAUCUUGGGACAUAAAGGAAGAAGUUGGUUCUAGCGAUUGGAUUGGUCUCUUUAAAGUCGGCGAAGGAAAUCCGGCCAAGUUUUUGGACCACAGGAAGCGUGGAGUAAGUGGUGGACGAAAGGGAACGAUAACAUGGAAACUUGACAAUCUUGAGGAUUGUUUCACUGAAAUUGACACUCAAGUGUACUUCAAAUACUACCAAGGAGCCAGUGGAAUGGUUCGUGCUAUAUCUCCCCCCAUCACCAUACGUAAUCUUCACAUUGGCCAUGCCGCAACCGCUGAUGUGGAUGGAAAUAGUCCUGAGUUAGUCAGGUUUUCAAUCACCAAUAUAAAAUCAAAGUGCCUCAAGAAGGGUAUGUUCUUCAAUCCUGAUCCAUAUCUGAAGAUGUCGAUUCAGCCUGGUAAGCGCAGUAGCUAUCCGGCAAUGCAGCAUCAUGGUCAGAUCAUGAGGACAAGUGUGAGGUCCAAUACAACAAGCCCGAACUGGACAAACGAGGAGUUUACGUUUGAAGCUUUGCCAAUGGAUAUCCUGGAGAUCGAAGUCAAAGAUAAGUUUGCUAAGAGUCGGCCAACGAUUAGUCGUUUCCUCGGGAAAUUGUCAAUACCAGUCCACAAGCUCGUCGAGAGGCUCGGCAACAGCUUCCAGGCACUGGCCUUGACCUUUAACCUCAUGCGGCGCACCCCAUCUGAAAACGUCAGCGGUACUUUAUCGUUUACAGCUUAUCUAGAGAAGGCGGAUGACAUACCUCGAAGAGUCACCCAUCACAGAAAGCCAACAGUAUUUGUGCGCGGAGAUUCCUCUCCUUCGAAACAUGAAAGUUCCCUGGAGGAGGACUCACAGAGCCCAUCGAAGGAACUGCCCAAUGGCCACUUACCUGAAACUAGUCAACUAAAUAAUUCUACUGCUCAGGCGGGGCAUGGUCAAGGUAGCAGACGUGUGCUUGUCACGCAGGAAGUCCGGGAACUUAUUCUUGGGGACCGUGAAUCGAAUCGGCGCGGUAACAAUAAUCGUGGAGUGAGGGAAGAAGUCCGAAUGGAUGAAAUACACCCGAGGGGUCUUGUGAUUGUUUCAAGGGAAAAUUCUGGAGACGCUGGUGGGGAAAUAGUUUCUAGGAGUUGUGGUGGUCAUGAGGUGAGGGGGACAAGAGUUCCCAAUGAGAGAUAUCCCCGUGUCCGAAACGUAGAUUCUAGUGGUAUUUGCGCUAUUAACAGAGACGAUUCUAUUGUUGGCAAACUGGAAUCGAUUGAUUCAAGCAGUAGGCUUGAAAAUGACCUCGAUAUGAAACUAGGUGAAGAAAAUCGGGAGGGUUCUGCUGGUACUUACGUAAAAUUACGCGAACCAGUUACCAAUGAGAUUGAGAUUCCAAAAGGUGCUUUAGCAAAAAGGUCAAACCCACCCGCACUGCCACUUGCAAGUCGGCCUAAAAUGAAUGGGUCGGGUGAUUUCUGGCGGUGGAAUCAAAACCAUGUUGAGGAAAAUGGUCAAGCGAAAACAGAGGAACGUAUUUAUGAAAAUGAGCAAGUUAUAAAACAGGCCAUAUUUGGUGCCAAGAAUGAUGUGGGUGCGUCUGGUCCAAAUGCGUCUGCAACCGGUGGAGACUUUUCUGCGCAGGGUAAGGGCUCAGAUGAAUCACAGAAAAACGGCGGUUUGGCAAAGAAUGAUGGCGCGCCAACGAAUUCGAUAUCAAAGACACCUAAACAGGAGGAGUUGGGUGCAUCUGGCAAGGACGUCCCGCGGACAAUUAGCUUCGAUAGCACGGAGGCGUUUGCAGGUUCCUUGGAACAUAUUGAUACGCCCAACGAAGAUGUUGAAAACGAUUUAGAAAAGGAUAUACACAGUAUACUUCAGCCGCCUAAUUUUCAAAAAGACUCGCUGGAUGUCAGUCCCUUGAGUGCGACUCUGACACUUCAGGCUCCCCUACCCGAUUGGGAUAGUAGUUUGUCGGGUCUGUCUGCGAUCACCACGACAUCAGACGUUUCGUUUUCGAAUGCUCGCACACCAACUUUGCAUUUAGGUUCUUCAUCUGAUGCUGUAACUCUGGAGGAAUUCGCUGAGGAUAAUGAUGUGUUUGAAGAGGAGGUGGAAGGCAUCGUGGCUGCAGCUUCAAGUCCAGAUGCCGAUCUCACGCCAAAGCAGCAGGUCGAGGUGGAGAGCGUAUUUAAUUAUGACGAUGCUCCCAAAACGGUUAUUGGUGAUAAAAUUGGUGCUAGAGUGAAUUCAAAUGUUGCAUCUUCAAAUGUUGCAGAUGAAGUCUUGUUAGAAAGUGAGGUUCAUGGGGAUGGGGUGGAAUGUUCAGAGGAAAAGGAUAAAAAGUCUGACGAUGCUCAUUCAUGUGAAGGUCGAGGUCAAACAGAUGUUGUGACCUUGGUCCCCGUUGCCCUGCGAAGGUCAUUUGAGCAACAGUCGUCGGAUGCGAAACAAGCUUCUGGUCUUUGCUCCGAGGGUUUAGCCGGUUCUGACAAGAAGGAUAUCAAGUCUAAAAGAACUCGCUCAGGUCAUGAUCAGAGUGACGCUGUGACCUUGGUCCCGAUUGCCCUUCAGGGGUCAGUCGAUCGACAGUUGUCCGAGGAUAACCCAGCUUUUGACACAAUGCCGUUUGGUUACAAAAAAUCAUUCGAUCCUGUGUAUGGAUUCCCGAUAACUUCAAAAGUAAACGAGAGUUCAACUGCUGCCAGUUCUGAUUGUGGCCUUGAAGAGGAGGCGCCCCCUGUCCCUGCUAAAAGUACUAGUCCAAGCGGUAACGUUAAUCGCGCAAUAACGUUCCCAUCGCAAACCCAAGCUGUCGCUUCCCAAGGUGCUGUUGAAAAUGAGACAUAUAUGUACGGUUUACCGAAAUCUCCUAAGGAGAGUACGUCAAUGACCAGUUCCGUUGACAACAAAACAUAUUUUUUAUCUCACUCGCAACCGGUGAGUACUGUUGAACCGUCGAAGGCGAGAAAACUAGUAGCGGGAAAAGAUACUUCAAAAGAACGCUCCCUGGAGAUGUCAAGGUCACAAAAUUUGUCGAAAGAUCGAAUGAUGCAAAGUUCUCGACAAAAUCGUAAUUCAAAUUCACGUGCACUUCACCAUCGUCGUGUCACCGAUCCCGCAAUUCGGUCGUGUGAGUUUCAGAAAAUAUGUCAGUUGCCUGAGAGGGCUGAAUCGCAAAGGGUUCCAAAGAAAGAUAAAUCUCACCCUCGGCAUGUGGGGAUGAAUCGCGGUCGUUCAGCUAACGAUGCUAAUCUUGAGCCGCCGUUUGUCGAAUUAUGCGGGGUUCAGGAUUCACGGAAGCAACAGGAGUUACUAAAACAGCAACAGGAGCUACUUAAACAGCAACAAUUAGAGAGCCACCUGGUUCACCCUGAGGUACUUAGAGAAUUUGUCAAAAAUUUUGAAAAAAUGCAAUCGCAAAAAAGUCCUGGGGAUGUGAAUGAUGAUUGUUUCACUGUGCAGGAUUCUCAAAGUCAGACUGAAGAAAAGCCCCCUGGGGUACUGCCAGUGGCUAAAAGUAACGUCAGGCAUGCACAGCGUAAAGGAGGGAUGCGUUACACACCCCCACGGAAGGAGUCAUUGGACUACUCCGACCCGGAGGACAUAGAUCAGCCGCAGCCAGAUUUAUAUUGCGGUCCAAGGGGUCAGUCACAGAGUGCUCUAAACGGCUUGGCCGCCAGUCUUUCACUCAAUAUACCUAGUCGACAGCUUCGGGAAACGAAUAUCGACUCUUCAGAUAUCCCACCGCCACUGCCACCGAAAACAAAAACUCCCCCUGGUGGAAAAAGUGAUCAAAUGCGAAAACGUACUGACGAUGGUUGUAGACUUCAAAAAUACCCUGCAGAUUGUGAUAAAAGUUUAGUAGAUCGGACCCAGUCUUUCAAUGUUGAUGGCAGACCUGAUGGUGUGAAAACGCGUCGGACUUCUGAAGGUGUCACAAGUCAUCAUGGUCAGAGUCGGUGUUCUGUCCCGCAGUCUAUUAUGGCACUUGCAAAUAUGCAUCACACUGCGACUAACGAUCUGUACAUGAAUGCCGAGCAAAGGGCCAUGCAUCGUGCCUCGAUGCCACCUUCAGUUACGGACAACCAGGAGCCGACAUUUAAGCUUCAAUCUGUGGAGGGCUGCACACGUGACGACAUGGAUCAUUCCCCGACGAAAAAAAUGUCUUCGGGGAGGCCCGAGGAGCGCGAGCAGACGCGGCAACACAUCCACCAACAUCUUCAGCUGUGGCAUCAGAAACAGCAGAAACGAAAAACGCCGACAGACGGUAGUAACUGCAGCACUCCGCGUGAGGGUCGGUCCAUGACAGAAAGCGACCUAAUAAGAACACUGCAAUUGGAAGCUGAUGGCAGCAGUCAAGACGACCCAGGCCGUUUGGAAAUCAGACGAUUAGAAAUGUCCCCUCAGGCCUCACGGAUCGAGGACCGACCGAGCCCUGAUAUUCCUGCGAGGCCACGUGCUAGUCCAGAUGGGAUGCAGCAAAGUGUGGAGGUCCCACCCCUGCAUGCGGCUCAGAAACACCAAGGUCAAUGGGGCAGUCCUGGUCAGCUUGGCGCCCGCCCACACCACGCGGACUCCCCGGAAAUGGAGAUCUGGGAACUGAGGCCAGUUCCUCCAAAACAACGUCAACCAGAGGCCCAAAUCUCGGGAAGCGGAACCAUGAACCGACUUCCAUCACUGCCCGAGAAACGAGUCCAGAUUGACACGUUCUCUGAAGAGGACCUUUUGCCUUCAGGCUGGGAAUCUCGUGUCGAUGCCCAUGGGCGAAUAUUCUACAUCGACCACGUGAAUCGUAAAACCACGUGGGAACCGCCAACUCUGCCGACAUCCUUGGAGGAAACGCCCGCGUUUAUGAACGAACAGCGUGAACAAUUCGAACGACGCUAUCAGAGCAUCCGGCGCACUGUGAAUCGAACCAAUCCAGAGCCGAUGGAGCUGGCGCCACCUGCCACUACAGAACAGACACCGCCCACGCAGAUCACGUCACAGCCAGAGCGGCACGCCGUGAAUCAGACGCCGGCGGUGAAGUUUUUGUGUCGUGCCGAUUUCUAUCACAUUUUGAAUAAUAACGAGGCUGCGCUCCUAGAAUACAACAGAAACAACACUCUGAAACAUAUGAUCACCAAAGUACGACGGGACCCCUCGACGUUUGAGCGGUACCAACAUAAUCGCGACCUGGUCGCGUUUCUCAAUCUGUUUAACGAGUUGAGUCGAGAACUUCCUCCAGGUUGGGAGAUGAAGUUUGACAGAUCUGGAAAGUCUUUCUUCAUCGACCACACGUCGCGUACUACCACGUUCAUUGACCCUCGUUUUCCUGUCGAGGGGCCGAUCCUUGUGACCGCAUACAGCCACACACCACUACAGAGGCAGCGGAGUCGUAGCGAGGGGGAGAGUGAACCCCCCGUGCCCCCACCGCCACCAAGACCCCAGGCGUCCAUACAGCAAGCCAGUCCAUCUCUUCCAAUGCCCCAACCACCAACAGCUUAUAAUGACAAAGUGAUUGCAUUCCUCCGCCAGCCGAACAUAUUUGAGAUUCUACAGGAGCGCCACCCAGCUUUCAAAUCGAACAGCGCGCUCCGUGAGAAGGUGACAUCAAUAAGGAACGAUGGUGUCGAGGCGCUGGAGAGAUUGUGUAAUGACAUUGAUCUGAUUAUCCUGCUGAGUUUAUUCGAACAAGAUGUCAUGUCCUACAUCCCACCGAUGUUAGCGUUUGCUGCCACUGGCACGAGAUCGCCACGCGGUGGCUCGCCAACCCACUCACCACAGGGCUCGCCGGCUGUCCAACGGGCAAACGUUCGUGUCCCUGCGCCCUACAAGAGAGAUUUUCAAGCCAAACUACGAAACUUUUAUAAAAAGGUGGAAUCGAAAGGCUAUGGUCAAGGACCUGGAAAAAUCAAAAUGACAGUUCGGAGAGAACAUGUUCUGGAGGAUUCCUUUGCGAAAAUCAUGUCCAUAUCAAAGAAGGAGCUGCAGAAGAAUAAAUUAUACGUUACGUUUGCCAGUGAAGAAGGUCUCGACUAUGGCGGCCCCUCAAGGGAGUUUUUCUUCCUCCUUUCACGAGAACUCUUCAAUCCGUAUUACGGUCUGUUCGAAUACUCUGCCAAUGAUACGUACACGGUGCAGAUCAGCCCGAUGUCCGCCUUCGUGGAGAAUUGCCACGAAUGGUUUCGUUUUGCCGGCCGUGUCCUGGGCCUGGCGCUCGUCCAUCAAUAUCUGCUCGAUGCCUUCUUCACACGGCCAUUUUACAAGCUGCUGUUAAGAUUGCCUCCAUCCCUAAGUGACCUUGAAUCACUGGACGCUGAGUUCCACCAAUCACUUCUGUGGAUAAAAGACAACGACAUCUCUGACUGUGGCCUUGACCUCACAUUCUCCGUCGACGAGGAAAUAUUCGGACAGAUAUCGGAACGCGAUCUCAAACCAAACGGCCGCAAUGUCCCGGUCACAGAGAAAAAUAAAAAGGACUAUAUUGAGCGGAUGGUGAAAUGGCGGGUUGAGCGCGGCGUAUCGGAGCAGAAAGACAGUUUGACGCGGGGAUUUUAUGAGGUGAUAGACUCACGUCUGGUGUCAAUAUUCGAUGCGCGGGAACUCGAGUUGGUGCUGGCUGGAACUGCUGAAAUUGAUACUGUUGACUGGCGGAAAAAUACGGAAUAUAGAUCAGGCUACCAUGACCAGCAUCCUGUGAUUAAGUGGUUCUGGAUGACAAUAGAGCGCUAUGACAAUGAACGACGCUUGCGCCUCCUGCAGUUUGUAACCGGAACCUCCAGCAUACCGUAUGAAGGAUUCUCCGCCCUCCGAGGGAGUAACGGUCCACGCAAGUUCUGUAUUGAGAAGUGGGGCAGAAUAACCAGUCUUCCUAGAGCUCACACCUGCUUCAACCGGUUGGAUCUUCCACCCUACUUGUCUUUCGAGAUGCUGUUCGAGAAACUCACUAUCGCAAUUGAGGAAACGGGGGCGUUUGGUAUAGAAUAGUUGUAGCGCUUUAGUCACUACCUUAGUGGCACAAAUUGAGACUCUUGGCGCGGAUCGCUAGAUAUUUCAUGGAUGAAACUAGAGUGGAACCUCCCUCAGUGGACACCUCUCUAUUAAGGACUCCCUCUCUAUUAAGGACAACCUCUCUAUUAAGGCCAACAUCUCUAUUAAGGACACUAGUUUUGGUCCCAAAUUGGUUGUUUCUAUUCAAUUUGACCUCUCUAAUCAGGACACCUCUCUAUUAAGGACAACCUCUCUAUAAGGACAAUAGUUUUGGUCCCAAAUUGGUUAUUUCCAUUCAAUUUGGCCUCACUAAUCAGGACACCUCUCUAUUAAGGACAGCACUUGUCAGUCCCGAGGGUGUCCUUAAUAGAGAGUUUCUAUUAUACAUUUAACCUUGACCGGCACUGCAGCAGAUGUUGGCAUUUAGUAUCAAUCAAUCGUAGUUGCCUCCUGGUGCCAAGUGAUGAGGUUAUCGAGUUAAAUCGCUGUUUGGUUAAGGACAGGUGCUUGAUGUGACGGGAAAGAAUCCAGAUCAUUAUAGUCACCCCGGCUAUUCAGACCUCCAAGCUGCCGGGCAUACCCAUUCUGACGAGCUGCCGAUGCCAGACUUUAUAAGCACCCAGUGACGAUUUUCAAUAUAGCACCAGAAAAUCCCUUUCAAUGUCGAGAAGAUGCCUAGCCACAAAAGAUUAAUGCCUUCCUUCGGAUCUUCGAACAUUAUUCUAAAAUACCUAAAACUCAA